GGUAGAGGAAGUCCGAAGGAAAUGUGUGGGAUCACGCUCUGUGUUUUCCAGUAGUCGGGAUAUUAAACAAACUACUUUCACUUGGUCGGCUGUAGUUUUCGGAGCACACGGCUGUUCUUCUUAUUACGUGUGUGCUGAUCGAUGAGUUAGGGGGGAGGGGGAAGGGGAAGCGACUGGCGUUGGGUCAAAAUGUCGAUUCAGUACGAUGUGGAGCCGCUGGCUGACAGCUACGGGGUGGCUGACUCGUUCCCCAAAGAUUUCGGUUACGGUGAAGAGGAGGAGGCCGACAUCGAGGACAGUCCGUCGCCGUCCGAUUCCAAACCCAGAAUCCUGCUCAUGGGUUUGAGGAGAAGCGGAAAAUCAUCGAUUCAGAAGGUGGUUUUCCACAAGAUGUCUCCCAAUGAGACUCUGUUUCUGGAGAGCACCAACAAGAUCUACAAGGACGACAUCUCCAGCAGCUCCUUCGUCAACUUCCAGAUUUGGGACUUCCCAGGUCAGAUCGACUUCAUCGACCCCACCUUCGACUAUGAGAUGAUCUUCAGAGGAACCGGGGCGUUGAUAUUUGUCAUCGAUGCUCAGGACGACUACGUGGAGGCUCUGGGCCGACUCCACCUCACAGUGUCCCGGGCGUUCAGGGUCAACCCGGAGAUCAACUUCGAGGUGUUCAUCCACAAAGUGGACGGCCUUUCGGACGAUCACAAGAUCGAAACGCAGAGAGACAUCCACCAGAGGGCGAACGAUGAUCUGGCUGAUGCCAGCUUGGAGAAGCUUCAUCUCAGCUUUUACCUGACGAGUAUUUACGACCACUCCAUCUUCGAGGCCUUCAGCAAAGUGGUGCAGAAGCUCAUCCCUCAGCUGCCCACUCUGGAGAACCUCCUCAACAUCUUCAUUUCUAAUUCAGGGAUAGAAAAGGCCUUCCUGUUCGACGUGGUCAGUAAGAUCUACAUCGCCACGGACAGCUCCCCCGUGGACAUGCAGUCGUACGAACUGUGCUGUGACAUGAUCGAUGUGGUCAUCGACGUCUCCUGCAUCUACGGCCUGCGGGAAGACGGCAGCGGCAGCGCCUACGACAAGGAGUCGAUGGCGAUCAUCAAACUCAACAACACGACCGUGCUGUACCUUAAAGAGGUCACAAAGUUCCUGGCCCUGGUCUGCAUCCUGCGAGAAGAAAGCUUCGAGCGCAAAGGUUUGAUAGACUACAACUUCCACUGUUUUAGAAAGGCCAUACACGAAGUAUUCGAGGUGGGCGUUUCCACGCAGCGUCCAAUGGGGCCCCCGGGCGUGGGCUCGCCUUGUCAUAAGGCCGUGGCACUAAACGGAACGCCGCGCAGCACCGUCUAGACACUGAUUCACAUUUUUUAAAUAAUAAAAACCGUAAAAAUAGGAAAGAGGAAAAGGAACGGCAGAGAAGGACCGGGGAGCCCCACGGAGGACAGACUACAGACCGGGGGGGCCGUCUGUGGGCCCCGCCCCCCCAGACCACAGACCACACUCUGUGGCUCCCUGAGCACUGACAGGAGGAGAAGGACGCUGCAGCACUGACGGUUCUCCGACUCCUCUUCUGGUUCACACGGAGGAGGAGGUCCAGCAUUUGUUCAGACCAGUGCUCCUACACCGUGACGGCUGUGAGGAACCGGGACAGAACCGGGAGUCUGACCUUUUUUUUCUUUUGGACUCGACCCACGUGGUCCAGACUGUAACACUUAGCUGCUUGUUUCUCUGUGUGAACAAUGUGAAAAAAAAAACAAAAAACAAAAAAACAACCGACCAUAAUCCAAACCUCUGUGACUGUGGAGACAGUUUGAACCUGAACACUGAUAAAAAACAACACUGAUGGAUGUGAACCCCUGGUCCUGGUCCUGGUCCUGGUCCACAUGUGUUCAUAGACGGCCUUAUGUACAGAAGACGAAGCUUGGCUGCUGUUCAAGCUCUCGCUCUCUUCACUCUUUCUCUCUGUCUCUCCCCCUCCCUCCCCCACCACCACUCGGCUCAUAUCACCCAAACCCUGAAUGCUGCCCAAAACGUACGUUUUGGAUUUGUGUCAGAAGGGAAGUCUAAAAAGGGAUCGAACUGUCGACAUGACGUUUGGCUGUGUGUGUGUUUGUGUACGAUACUGUGCAAAAGUUUGAGGUACUUUUAGAAAUACACUGUAUACACUCUUCUUCUUUUUGGCAUCCCCUUUUUUUUUCUUUCCUUUUGACGUGUUAAACUCAAAUGCAGAGAAGCAGAAGUUGUCACGGGUUGAGCACAACAGGAAACCAGUCUGUUUCUCCGGCUGAUCAGGUCCGGCAACCCGACUGCCUCGCGAGUGAGGCAAGGCAGUCAGCAGCUGCGCCGCCGUGCCUGUGGUCCACGCCCCAGAUGUUUUAUUUUUAGAGAAAAGACCUAAAAUGCUGUUCUGCAGUUUAAUGUUGUUAAGGACAAAAGUAGUUCAAAAAAAAAGAAAAUGGCCGCCUGAAACUUUUGCGCAGUACUGUGUGUGUGUUGAUGAGUCUCUGUGUGUGUGUGUGUUUGCUCUGGUAAUGGACCAUUCAGAAUUGUUGGUUUGUCCUAUUUGCCAAUUUAACUGCAGGUCGGCAGAAUUAUACUAUUAAUAAAAAAAAUAAUAAUUUAAACGCUUUGUCAAAAAUCUAAACUUUGAUCGAAUUUCUAUUGAGCUUAAUUAAAAAUAAAUAGAAUUGAUUUCUUUUAACAAAAAAAUUAAAACACUGCAGGAAAAAAAGAGAGAAAAUAAUCAGUGAUCAAUAAUCUGUUUUUCAUGGUAUGAAGAAAGUGAAUUCACCUCAAACCUCGAUGAUGUCAAACAUUUAAACCGUUUCCACUUUUUUCCACCUGCAGUUCCGUCUCAGGCCAAAAGGGUGCGUUAUCUGUUCUUAUUUAUUCAGACUGUGAUCAGCACGACCUCCCAACGACUGGAUCUGUGUCAGGCCCGUGAACGUCUGUGUGUUGUCACCUUGUGUUGACCUUUGACCUUAACACUGCUCACUGUCUCAAAAUCUGAGGAUGUGAUCGUGAAACCAAUCGAGUUCAGGUUAAAAAACAGUGAAGAAGAAGAAGUAGU